AGCAGAAGAAGUAAAGAUGGAGGUGUUUGUCAGCGCUCCCAGUUUCAAGUUUUCUGGCUGGGUAUUUCCAGAUGAUUCUGUGGUCAGAGACGUUCUGAACCGGUUCAGUCAGCAACAGGGAGUUUCUUCUUCAGAGGAUUUCUACGUCGUCAGAAAUGGUCGACUGUCAGACCUGGAGGAUCCACUGCAGCAUGGAGCUGUCUAUCACCUGGAGCCCCGCCUCUGCGGGGGGAAAGGAGGGUUCGGGUCCAUGCUGCGAGCUCUGGGCGCUCAGAUCGAGAAGACGACGAACCGUGAGGCCUGCAGAGAUCUGAGCGGACGCCGCCUCCGAGACGUCAACCACGAGAAAGAGAUGGCAGAGUGGCUGAAGAAGCAGGCAGAGCGCGAGGCGGAGAAGGAGCAGCGUCGCCUGGAGCGUCUGCAGAGGAAACUGUCCGAACCCAAACACCAGUUCACCGAUCCCGAGUACCAGCAGCAGUGUCACAACCUGUCGGAGAGACUCGAGGACUCUGUGAUCAAAGGUCUUCAGGUGUCCUGCGGCAGUCACGUGACAGCGGACGACGCCUCGGCAACAAAGAGACCCAACUCUGACCAGAGCGAGCAGCCGCACAAGAAGAAGAAGAAAACCGCGGGGGCGGGGGCGGGGGCGGGGGCGUGUUUCUGGACGGGCGUGGAUGAGCUGCUGAGCUCAGACGAUGAAGAUGAGGAGGAGGAGGAAGAGGAGUCUCUGUCCACGUCUUCCACCAGCUGCGGAGCUGCUGUUGUUACCAUGACAACACAGUCUGAGGAGGCAGAGCCUGAGCAGAGCAGCAGAACCGCAGAGGACCAGAAACCUCCAGAGACCUCCAGAGACCAGAGUUUCAGACCCUCAGAGGAGGAAAAACCACCAGAGACCUCCAGAGACCAGAGUGUCAGACCCUCAGAGGAGAAAAAACCACCAGAGACCUCCAGAGACCAGAGUGUCAGACCCUCAGAGGACCAGAAACCUCCAGAAGCUUCUAAACCAUCAGAGGAGUCCAGCUGCUCGUCUGGACAGCAGCAGCUGGGUCGGUCUGCGGUGGACCUGUCCUCGGUGUCAUCCGUAGACCAGCUCGAGUCUCUGGGUCUGGACACCCUGAAGGAGGAACUGAUGUCUCGAGGUUUGAAGUGCGGGGGGACGCUGACGGAGCGCGCCGCCCGACUCUUUUCCAUCAAAGGACUGACGCCAGAUCUGAUCGACCCGGCGCUGCUCGCCAAACCCGGCAAGCCGAAGAGGAAGUGAAGCGGUCAGAGGUCAGAGGACCUCCAGCCUUCAGCCUCACAUGUUUGUAUCUCAUGACUCUUCUUCUUCUGUUCAGUUUUAUCUUCUGUCUCGUUGAAUCUCCUUCACGUCACAAAAACUUCAAAUGUUUCAGCUUUUUGUUCUCGCUUCAAAGUUUUUAUUAAAAUGUCGAACACGAAACGUUUCUUGCCUC